GCGUGAUAGCUGACCCCGCGGUGUGCGAGAGAAGCUCUCUGGAAAUUCCAAACACCGGCUAAGCAGACGUAGCAUCAGAAAUACAAGCCACUGUAGCAGAAAAUCAAAUGUGGAAGGCGCCAAUAGACGCUAUCAUGAAAGAAUGAAAUAUUUCAUGUCACACGUCAUUCGAUAAAUAUUGUCAAGGUGCUGUAGCUAACAAUAUGGAUAGCAUGAGGAGUGCAUUGGAGGAGUUUAUUUGCAGAGCUAAUGAUGUCAUAGAAAUGAAAUUAGUCCGCUCUAAGGAGGAUAUUGAAGAUUCUUCAAGGUCAUUUACUCCUACCUUCACCCAUCAAAUCUUUGGUGACAAUGAAACAGUCUUUGGAUACAAAGGAUUAAAAGUACAGUUGUACCUGUCAGCAGCUAAGCUAACACAUUAUCUCACAUACACAUUUGAAGAGAAAGUCAAUCCUAAGAAAUUUGAAGGUGUGCAGGCGGACCCUAUUCUCAAACCCAUUGUGGAGAAGCUGGAGAUAACACCCAUGGAUAACCUAGAUCGGUUCCUGAUGAGCCUGGAGGACGACGUCGGCUUCCAACCGAUGGGUGACCUCCUCCACUCCUACUCCACAGACGAAGCUCAGGGGACCUCGAGGCAUUUUGAGAUCUACAAGAGCAACAUCAUGACGCCAGGGUUUAAGGAGUUUCACACGCACCUACAAACAUUGCUAUGGUGGUUUGUGGAUGGAUCCUCUUACAUUGAUGUGGAUGACGAGAGGUGGAUGUACUACACAAUCUUUGAACGAUAUCCCUACGAAGGAACGAAGCGAUACACGACAGCAGGCUACUCGACGGUGUACAGGUAUUAUGCCUAUCCUGAUAAGAUCAGACCUAGGAUUAGUCAAGCCCUGAUCCUCCCUCCAUUCCAAAGACAAGGCCAUGGAGCUCGAUUCUUAGAGACCAUGUAUGCAGAUUUCAGGACAUUCCCUGAAAUUCUUGAUAUCACAGUUGAAGAGCCAUCUGAGGACUUUGUGCGACUAAGAGACUUUGUUGACUGCAGGGCCUGUGCUAAACUCCCUGCCUUUUCAUCGGAGAAUCUUGUCAAAGGACUCUGCAGUGCCAUGGAGAAGGAAGCUCUUGAUAAGCUCAAGCUAAAUAAGAAACAAGUUAGGAGGGUUUACGAAAUCCUACGGCUCAAAGCGACAGACUACAGUAACGCAACGCAAGCUAGGGACUACAGACUCGAUGUCAAAAAGAGACUCAAUAUUCCCUUUCAAAAACAAAAGGCUGAUUAUGAGAAGCUCAAGAAGGUCCUGAAGCCAGAGGAAUUGACGGCAGCAGAAGAGGGCACCAGCCUCGAGGAGAGACACCAGACCCUUGAGAAAUGGUACCAGCAUCUCCUUGAGGACUACCGAAAGGUCCUGGACCGUCUCUCAAUGUGUGACUGAUGUUCUUGAUAUUCUCAGUGGUAUUGAUUAGUGACUUUUCGAUUUGCAUGUUUACGAGUGAACUACAGGUGGCUCUGCUCAAGUCAAAUCUCGUGGGACCAUGGAAACGUGUUUGGCUUACUCAGGGCCCUAUAGCACAAAGGUUAGCAAGUACUCACUUAAUGAGACGGCCUAUCAAGAUCAUCGUUGAAUGCUCAUUUAGACCGACAAGGAACCAAUCAGAUUGGUUAAAUUAGUGAUUAAUCACUAACAUUUGUGUUAUUGGGGCCUUGGUCUGAAAGUGUUUUUAGACUUUGAGACUUAUGCAGAGUCGACUGCACUAUGUAAGUAUGUUAUGUAGUCUUCUUUGUGCUCAUGGCAUAUUAAGUCGGUAGACAGAAGCAAUGUGAGAUGUGGAGCAUGCCUGAAGUUUAUCUAGGUUGCCUUAUAUCAUCUGUUUGUGGCGAUGAUGUGAAGUACCCUGAAAGCUUUUGCCAGGAUAGUGGUCAGGCGGUUCCAUGACAUUUGCUCUGGCAACAAUCGCUCAGGCGACGAUUGCUUCGAUGGAAAACCUGCAUGUUGAGCCAAACAUAAAUCCUAACCUCCAAACCUAAAUAAAUCAUAAUCCUUAUCUUUACAUUAUUCUGAGCCCAAAACUCUAUUACAAUCCUAACUCUAAUCUUAUUCCCUCUGAGAUAUUAGGACUGGAGCAAAUUUCGCAGGAGCAUAUGUCAUGUCACCGGACAGGCAGUGUCCUGGAAAAGCUGCUUGAGCAUAUUCUGUGUAUGGCAGUGCUUAGCUCUACCAACUUUGUUUGCUGUGGUCACAAAGCAGAGGCUUAUGAGAUGCUUAUAGCAGUUCACUGGUGAAUGCACAAAUCGCAAGUCUACUGUAAAAUUGUGAACUUGUAGUUCUUGACAAAGGACAAGUAACUUGAACAAGGCCAGUCAAAAGGAAUAUUUAUUGCUAUGGCUACUAGUACUUUAUUUUGACGAAUUUCGAGGAAAGGGCACUCACCUACGGAUUGUAAGUUUUUGUUUAAUUUUUCUAGGUUGCAUUAUUUUCUUCAAAUAUAAAGAGUAUCGAAGUGUGGUAUCGAACUUCUUUUUGUGCAUUCCAGCAUUGUCAAUACCAUAUUUCAGUGGAGCAUGUUCAAACCUGCAAGCACCAAUGUUGACAUGAAUUGGUUCAUGGUGGCCUAAAGUAUAAAGGAACACCUAUUACACCCUGUUUACAUCAAUGUAUUAAUGGCCUUGUUUAUUACUGUGUAGAACCAGGCAAAGUUACACUUAGUUUAAUGGGACUAAUUAUGCAUUUAUGUUGCCAAAUAUUGGGCAGCUUUGGACUGAUUCUGUCCAAAUGUGUCUCUCCAAAUGUGGGUUGUGGAUGUUUUUCGUCAUGCUCUGCUGAAAAUGGUAUCAAAAGCUAUGAAAUGCAAUUUUUUUUUUAAUUGUGACAUCAUCAACGCUUCCAUACUCUUGAGUCAGUUCAAAGGAAUAUACUAAGCAUAAUUAUAAGUGUGAACCUACCCUGUGCUUGUAGAAGUUGAUUGUCAGGUGGACAGACUUCAGUUUUGCACAGAUUCCCAUUCACACACCUUUAUAAAACUGCAUUUAACAAUGAAAUUGUUGAUAUGACAUUUUGUAAAAAUGUGAAUAUGUGUAUGUAAAUGCCAUUCAAUGGCCCUUUGCUUUUUAGUUGCCAUAUAUAUACUUUUAGAGAUACUGUCAAGCCUGUCUUAGGGAGGGCCCCUUCCCCCUUCUGUAGUGGCUACCAAAAUUGUCUCCCAUUUGAUAGGAAUGUGUUAUAUAACCUGUCUGUAGUAUAGAGCCCACCUCUCUACAGUGGUUACUUUUACUGUUUCCCUUGGUUAGCCAUGAUAGACAGGUUUGACUGUUAAAGCCCCCAUCACACUUAUUCGGAAUCAGCAGGAAUCAAGCAGAAGGUGGAAAGAAAAAAAUAUUCAAAAAAUCUAGAAAUUUUUUGGAGGAACUUAUUAUUAAUUCACCAAACUGGAGUUGAAAUUCAGUAAAUUGACCAGGUGAAUCAUCCUACACUAGCAAAAAUGAACCGCAAUGGAGUCGAAUUGAAAAUUCAUGCUACAUUCUUGGACAUUCUAGGUGCAUUCUAAAUAUUCUGACUGCAAUCUGAGUGCAUUCUAAAUAUUUUUGUCAUUUCUUUUGGCUGUCUCGAAGGUUUUGGUCAUGUUCAAAACAUUCGAGGGGUAUUUUCGAACGGUGUUUGAAUGACCAACCGGUGGUCAAACAAUAGUCCUUUCAUUCCGGCCAAUUCUGCUUGAUUCGGAAUAAGUGUGAUGGGGGCUUUACAUUGACUUGAAAUUAGGAAAGUCAUGAUGUACGUUGCUGUAUUUAUAACAAGUUUAUCUUUAUGUAAAUUUGCUGAUCAAUUUGCCAUUUUGUAAGAUUAUGUGGAUGUUUCCACCAAAUCAAUAAACUUGCAAUUAGUGAUAUAGAAGUCUCAUUGUAUGUUCAGUUUCAUUAAUUCAAAUACCUUACGAACAAUCAAACAAGCCUAAAGAGAUCUCGUGACUGAAAAAAUGAAAUUAUAUACACAUCCCAAUUUAUAAAUUCCACAGACUACUGGGAAGUUCCAUUAAGUACACAAGUUUGACCCCCUGAGAGGAUAGUAUGUUUACUAGUUCUUAUUUGUAAUGCUUUCUAAUGAUUGUCAUGGAAACCUCAUUAAGUGAAGAAUGGACAGAAAAAAAGGGGAGGGGUCAGAUGUCCAAAAAGAUUGUUUUACGGAAUUGCCCCAAGUCAUAAGAUUGCUGCACUGUAUUCAAAAUCCUUGUCAUUUUGAGCAAACUGUCUGCAGUGCAAGUGUAUUCUGCAUUUUGGUUGUAACUUACAGUGUAUGAACUGGAAAAUUUGAUAAAAUUUGCAUGGGUUACGACUGAGAAAUAAGGAUUUAAAUGAACUGUUGGAACAUUGUAAAGAGGCAUCACUGAAUUGAGAAAAUGCAACUGAAUGGGAGUUAUUUUAAUUGCAGAAUCACUCAGGAAAUUUCAGUCCUCGGAAUUUAGGUAAUGCUCUUUAUUUGACCAAAUGUGUGGUACUUCAGUAUUUUGUUAAAUUUCAUUAUUUAUUAUUUUCAUUUACCUCGAAAUUUAUUCUCCAUUGUAAACACUAUCACUCACACCUGCAUAUCAUUUAUACUAUUUUAUAUGACACUUAGAUAGAUCCUUGUCAUUUGAUUGGUUGUUUGAUAUCGAUCAUUCAGCCCAUUUUACAAUGACGUCAUCAACCGUGCAAUUUUGGAUCCAUUCAUCGUGCAAUUUCGGAUCCAUACGAUUUUGUCCAUUGCACGCGCGCACCGAGACUGCAGGCCUUUACAUGGGCCUUUGCUGCAGGCACUCAGGAAAAACCACUCGUGUUUGCAGGGCGCAUGGUGUAUGUACGCGACAAUCAAGACCAAGCUCGUGUGAGCAUAUUUUGCAUCGAAAUUCAUAAAAUUCAUAUGAAAUAGAAUCUUUUUUAGGUGUCAUAUAAACCAAAUAAUGAAUGUUAUUUCUAUUCGUGCAAUGGACAGAAUACUUAAUUCGGUGAAAGAUAAAGUGAAUGAUCCAUUCAACUCGGCUACGCCUCGUUGAAUGGAUUUUUUCAUCUUUCACCUCAUGAAGUAUUCAGUCCAUUCAUUCCACUCAUAAACAUUCAUUAUUUGUAUAACAUUUUUCUCUAAGGCCCUGUCCCAAUGGCCGAUGGACACAAACGUAUGCAUAAAGGACACACGGACGAGCAAAAUUUCGAAGGUGACUCCAUCCGCUUACAUCUGCUCCGUAAAAUUUGUGAAAACAUAACAGAAAAGAACAAGUUUGUCACGGGUACACAACGGAUGCAUGCAUAGUAUGUUCCAACGGAUGGCAAUUUUUUUUUUACAUUUUGCAUUCGUAAGUGCACUGGGACCGGGCCUUUUUGCUUCCAAUGUAAUUGUGUGUUAAUUCGAAAACCUUGACUGAGAAUGAGGUAUUCAAGGUUGGCUCUAACAUUUUUUAUCAUUGAGACUCUUGUUAAGCAAUCGCCGAGGUUGAAAUGAAUUAAGGCCAGCUGAAGGGAGUGAUCUCUCUCGCUCGCCUUUAAACCGAGUCUCUGCAGUAGUAUUCUGAUGGGUUGUAUUCUUGUAGUUAAACCCAGGUUCAAGACGCUAGAUAAAAAUUUUAGUUGACGCUUCUCUGAAAUGAUAGAUUUCUUUGUAUUCUUCAAUAUUCAUGACAAGAUAAUGUGCUAAAUUCAGUGUACAUUCAUAUUGUCCCUUUCUUCUCAUUUCAUAAUUAAUUGCAAACUUUUCACCAUAGGAUUAAAUUAAUUUGUACUUGUUGAUUGAGAAGGCGACUGGCACUUUACAACAGUGGUCUGCCUAGUGGUUAACCUCGGAUUAACUAGACUUUUCAAUACCAAUAUCACCAGCUAUUUUCAGUAUUAAUUAUUCAAUAAGUUUUUUUUUACUGUCACAAGGUUAAAGGGUAAUCCAACCUUGGUCAUAAAAUGUGUUAAAAGGAGAAAAAUGAGUCAAACAGAAUGGUGACAUUUUGAAAGAAAUCGGACAAGCAAUAAGAAAGUUUUAAAAUUGAGAUCCCUAAGAUAAUAUUAGGGAUUUGUGGUUUCCUUCCAAGGCAAUCAAAAUAUAAGCCAGGUAGCCUAUUGUUUUAUGUCCUUGUGAAAGAAAAAUAUAAUUUGAAGUAAAAUUAUUGAAAAAAAUUAUGUUUUAGCCAUGAUUUGUAUUGGAGUACCCAGAAGAGUAGUCCUUGCCUUACAUCACUAUGACAUCACAAAUGCGGCCAAUUUGAAGUCUCCAUUGGUAUAGUGAUUACCAAUUUUUUACAACUUUUAAAAAUUUCCUAAUUUUCUUAUUGUAUGUUCGAUAUUGUUCAAAAUUUAACCUAUCAACUUGUCUGAUUUUUCUUUUUCUACUAAAAAAAAAACUUGGGAUGGAUUCCUCUUUACACAGAAAACCAUGUGCUUAGAAACGACUGUAUCAAUUACAUUGUUUUAUAUUAUUCUGAAUAUUACUAUUAAAUGUCAACUUGGUUGUUACCAAGGAGCUUUUUGUUGAAUAUAAUGAAGUCAUUAAUGUCACUAUUUUGUUGGGGCAAAAGUAUUAGAUAUUCCCACUGGAUUUAUACAAUCAAUGUUUUGUAAUUGUUUUCAUUGAAGAACCACCACCUCAUGGCUGUGUGCAGAUUACUCUGUAGUUCCACCAAAAUCAUAUAUCAAUUCUGGUAAAAUCUAGUAUGAAAUGUGAUCGACCUUGCUACAAUUUUUAAUAAAUGUUGCACAUUAUCAUGUA